AUGGCCCUUACAGCUGGUGACAUUUGCAAGUUCAUCUUUGCCGUCGUUCUCCCUCCUCUGGGAGUUUUUAUGGAGAAAGGAUGCGAUAGUGACCUCUUGAUCAACAUCGUGCUGACCAUCCUAGGUUAUAUUCCUGGAAUCAUUCACGCCUUCUACAUCAUUCUGAAGUAUUAGUGUGUGCCCGGUCAUUUAGCACCGGGCAAACUUUCUUCAACAACUGCCCCUUCAAGAGAUUUGACUUGAGCCGCUCUUUCUAUAUCAACAAAGUUCAUGGU